AUGAGAGUCGGUUUCACCAACCAGGCAGAGGUCACCCAAAAAACAAAGAAGCUGUUUGGAGGAGGCAAAAGGACCGGAAGUCUUCCCCCGCAAACACCCUCGUCGGAUACCCCCAUCUAUUCAGACAUAAGUUUUGAUAUCGUCACGCCGGAAUUCCGAGGGCAAAUCGAAUAUGUUAUGAUGCGCGAGUUGGUUCAGGAGGAACAACAGGCGCUGAAGGCGCUGAAGACGCUGAAGGUGUUGUCCAAGAGUCGAGCAGCUGGGGGAAGAGGAAGAGGGUGUUGGGCGUUGGCGGAAUGUUGCAACGCAGCCUUUUGA